AAAGAAGAAAAAAACAUUCUAUACGUUGUCGUUGCACACGCUGCACAAUGGGAAACGGAGAAUCUACUGUGUAUAUGAGACCUUCUCAAAUUCGUUAUACACACGAUAGCAUCCAGGCAAAUUUUCGAAAUGGAACACCAAUGGAACAUACUUUUCGUCAACUCGUAUUUCAAAAAAUCCAAGUAGACAGUCUACCUAUGAUUCAAGUCACGCAGCAUAACGGUUAUUGGUAUGUAGUGCGGGGAAACAGAAGACUUUUCCUUCUGAAGAAAUUAGAAAAAUUGGGCCGAGUGACUACCGUCCAGAUGGUCAAAAAGCCCUUCGAUCCAGAUGUGUUCAACAGACAGUAUACAACAAAGGAUAAUGGGAUUAGCGUCAGAAUAAGAGGCGACCCAGAUUUGGAUCUGAAACUGCAAAAAAUUUGGACCGAGUAUCAAAAUUCUUGGUCAUGUAUAGUUUCGUAGCCCAGGAAAAAGAUGAAGUAUGCACGUAGCUUUCCAUCCCUCGAGCUCAUAUUAAGUCUUUACAUAAAUUACCAUUGUUUCAUUAUU